UAGAUACAAAAGCUCCUCCCCGUGACGACAUUGGUUGGGCCCAAAUUCGCGCACAGAAUACUGGGUAAAGCAAAAAAUGGCGGCGCCCACUGAAAAGGAACCCGCUUCUGGAUCGGAAAGCGAUCUUACCGACGAGGUUAGGAGAACAGCGGAGGAACUCAAGAACCAAGCAAACUCGUAUUUCAAAGACAAAGGCUAUGAGAAGGCUAUAGAGUUCUAUAGCAGAGCAAUCGACCUCAACCCUUACAAUGCGGCAUACUAUGUGGUGAAAGUUCGCCCUAAUGACAAGGAUGCGAAGGCCAAGUUCACAGAAUGUAACAAGAUCGUGAAGAGGCAGGCAUUUGAACGGGCCAUCAGAGUGGACGAUGUCAAGAAGUGUGUGUCUGAAUCCAUUAACCUAGAGAGCAUGGGGUUCAAGGCACAGAAGAAACUGCACAGGAAAUAUGCAUACAAGAUCUUACUUGAUGUAAAAGAAAUUUUUGAGCAGCAGCCAUCCCUGGUUGACAUCAAAAUAUCCGAUGGUUCCAAAUUCACGGUGUGUGGCGACAUCCACGGCCAGUAUUACGAUCUUAUGAACAUCUUCAGACUGAACGGAAACCCCAGUAAAGAAAAUCCAUACUUAUUCAAUGGUGACUUUGUGGACAGAGGUUCCUUCUCUGUGGAGUGUAUACUGGUGCUGUUUGGGUGGAAACUGUUGAUACCUGAUAGCUUCUUCAUGUCCAGGGGUAACCAUGAGACAGAGACCAUGAAUCAGAUGUACGGGUUUGAGGGAGAGGUCAAGACUAAGUACUCUGCACAGAUGGCCGAGCUCUUCACAGAAGUCUACAACCUACUACCGCUGACACACUGUAUCAAUAGCAAGAUCUUGUGUAUGCAUGGAGGUCUCUUCAGCAGGGAUGAUGUUACACUCGAGGAAAUCAAGAAGAUCGACAGGAACAGACAACCUCCAGACUCAGGUGUGAUGUGUGAGCUCUUGUGGUCAGAUCCCCAAAUACUGCCUGGUCGCGCCCCUAGCAAGCGAGGUGUAGCCAUCCAGUUUGGGCCUGAUGUGACACAGAGGUUCCUGGAGCUCAACAACUUGGACUAUAUCAUCCGGAGUCAUGAAGUCAAACCACUAGGGUACGAGGAAGCUCACAAUGGGAAGUGUAUAACCGUCUUCUCUGCCCCCAACUACUGUGACCAAAUGGGAAACAAGGGUGCUUUUAUUACACUCAACCCGCCCGACCUGUCGCCAAAGUUCACCACAUAUGAAUGUGUGCCUCACCCGAAUGUGAAGCCCAUGGCAUACGCCAACUCACUGCUGGCAUCCUUCAUGUGAUGAUUACCCAGGCCAUAGCUUCAUGUGUUCUAACAGUUCUGUCUUCUGUUAUGGCUUUUCCACUAUUGUUUAAAAUGAAUAAAAGAAUGCACGCGAGUUGUUGGAAACUGGAUAUCCUGGUCCAUUGGAUAGUGGCUUUUUCUACAGCUAUCCCUGGUAGGAACCUUGAAAUAUUGAACAAGGGUAAAACAAAAUAAGAAUCCUGAUUUUGGUAGACUUUUGCUAGACUUUUUUGCCAAGCUUGCAGGAACUUUUCAAUCAGCCAUAAAUUUACCACAGUGUACCAACAGUCCUUGUCUUCCUAGUUGUUUACAUUUUUGUUCAUGAUCUUUCUUCCAUAGGCUGUUUUGUUCCUUGGAUUUGGUCAUAGUAUUACUGUACAUCAAAAGGGGAAGCAUGUCAGAAUGCAUGUUUUUAUUUUGCCUACCUGUUCCAUGAAAUUUCUGGGGAAAAAUAACAAGCAAGAAAUGACAUUGGAGUGCUCUUAGGAAAGGAGGAACAUUAAUGCAAAGGUACUGCUUGGACGAGUGUGUUGAAUUAUGAAGCUUGUUUUAUGUGCACAAAUACGAAUCUGUGUAAUUGUAAGUCUUAAAAUGCUAUUCAAAUCAGUGAUUGUGUCAACUCUUGCUUUAGGAACAAGAGUGUUUUAGUACAUGUAUGUAUACAGCAAAAUGGGUGGCAACAUGUAGUUAUGCUACGCACAGCAUUCUGUUGGAAUAUGUAUAGUACUUAUAGGUAUUUAUAGUUUAAUCGAUGCUUGUGCUUUUUCUACCAAUUAUAUGACAGCGAUGUUACAACCACUUCUGAAAGCGAAAAAUGUGACCUCGUAACAGGGCUCUAGCCAGCGUCCGUUUUUCCGUCAAUGGACGGAAAUUUGCUGCGUUUGACAGAAAAGAUUUAAAACCAAUCCGUCAACCUUGACAGACAAAAAUUCUUGAUGGAAGCUACAGGCGGCUUGGGGACGCCAUCCACGGCUGUAAAAGCCACACACUGUUUGUUUUGCUAUUGUUUUGAUUGUUGACAACGUGUGUCGGCGUCCUUUCGCAUACCAUAAUCUCAUUAAAACCCGUUUUUCAAGGUCUCAAUGGCAGCAUUUACUACGUUGUAGUGUCAUAGGGAAAAUCAAUUUUCACGGUUUUCACGACAAUUGAAAUUGGCUGACGGAAAAAAAGAUUCAAGCUGGCUAGAGCCCUGCCUCGUAAUCUUUGAAAGAUGCUGAUCAAUCUCCAAAAGACCUAGGUUGCCUGUCUUUUUUCGUUAGUUCUGCUUCAACCCAUUGAAAUAGAUUGGGAAUAAGCAAAUGUUAUGUGCAACUUUGCUGGUGAUAAACAUUGCUAGGCUGAAGGAAAGAAAAUGAUGUGUUUUCAGUUGCCGUCCAGAAAAAAUAGUUCCCUGCAUGUGAAGAGGUUUGUGAAAUAGGUCUAUAGAUCAACCAUGUUAGCUGGGUAUUCAAUGACCAGUGAAGACAAGAGUAUAGACAUAAUGAUAUUCCACAGAUACAUCUCUCCAGUAAUUGCAAAAGCUUCAUGUGCAUGUACAUGUAUUUCUAAUGACUUUUGCUGGCAGAUUGUUUCGAAUUCUUUUUGAAACAAACUUGAGAUUUCACUUGGUAUUUUUAAUAGCCUGAAUAAUGACCGUAGUGACCGCUGGCUCAGUUCUUUCGCUUGCUAACUGUGGCUAUAGCUUUAAUCCUUCAAAAUAAUGUUUGUUCUGUACAUUUGCAUGGGAAAAACUCUAAAAAUCAAUUUGGAAAAAAAAGACACCCAAAAUCUAAAUUUUUAAUUAUUUUCAUCAAAAUUAAUGGAAGGUUUGUGCAGUUGAUUUAGGUAUUGAUGAAAAUUUAAAAAAAAAAAGUAAUAAGUUGUGCAUAUCAUUAAGAUAAAAUAGCUGGUGAUCCACUCACACUUACUCCACUCUUUGUCCAUGAAAUAACUCAGGGUUUAUCCAGUAACAAGAUGAUGGAAAUAUGAUUCUCGAACCAUUCACAAUUUCAGGAAUAAUUACUGCAUGUUGAGGUAUGUACAGUAUGCUGGGUUGCAAAAUAGGCUGAAACUAGAACUGUUGGUAUGGAUAAUCUCUAAGCAGAUGUAAGUAGGGAUCCAGCUCAGUCUUAGUGUUGCGCUUGUCUUUCUAUAUGUGCAUCUUUGUAUACUAACUCUUUCCUGCCUCCUAUUACAGUAUAGAUAACCGUCAAUGGUGCAAAAAUAUGUGUAAAAUACUGAGACUGCUCAAUUGGAUCCUUUCGUCUGCUUGGAGACUUACUUUGGAUCCAAUGCUGCUCACUUGGUUAAAGGAAAUGUAUAUUUUCUCAUCAAAAUUUUGGUUUUCAGGGGUUUCUUUGACAUUGACUUGAAAUGUUAUUCAUAUCUUUACUCAUCUAUAAUCACAGUUAUGACAUCCUGUGCUUUUAGGAUGUUUGUUAUGCCUUGUCAUAUAUCUUAGGGGGGGGAAACAUUCUAUGUCACAUUAAUGUUUUAAAAAAUCUAUUCAAAUAUGUUUUCAGUACUUAACACAGCUCUAUGCAAGAGUAUUU